UGGCUUCGGGGCGCUACGGGGAGGGCGCGGGACGCCGGAAGACAGAGAUGGAUUCGGUGCUCUUUGAAGAUGUUGUGGUGAACUUCACAUUGGAGGAGUGGGCUCUUCUAGAUUCUGCCCAGAAAAAUCUCUAUCAAGAGGUGGUGGGAGAAAUCUUUAUGAACCUGGCCUCUAUAGGGGAAAAUUGGGACCAGAACAUUGAAGACUGGUACAGAAAUCAGGGGAGAAAUUUAAGCACUCAUAUUGCAGAGACACUGUGCAAAAGUGAAGAAGGAAAUGCGGAUAAUUCCAGCUGGACUGCACAUGAUUUGAACAAGAAUCGUCUUCUUGGAGUAGCAGCCCAUGGAUGCAGCGUGUGUGGAACAGUCUUCAAGCCCCCGUCAUCCCUGAGCACUCGUGUGAGCUCUCCCAUGGGGCAGGAAUCCCAGGAGGAUCAGGAAUAUGUGGAAAAGUCCAAUCAAUGUAAACAGUGUGAGAACACCUUAAACUAUUACUACUCUUUCCAGAUCAGUGACAGGAGUCCCACUCGAGAGAAAGCCUAUGAAUGCACCGAGCGCGAGGAAGCCUUCCUGUCCCUCGCUAGCCUCGGAGAGUACGUGAUCACGCACACUGGCAGUGGACCACAUAAGUGCAAUGUGUGUGGGAAGGGCUUGCAGUAUCCCAGCUCCCUUAGGAUCCAUGAAAGGAUUCACACGGGAGAGAAGCCGUAUCAGUGUGAGCAGUGUGGGAAAGCCUUCAAUUGUUUAGGCUCAGUGCGAAGACAUCAGAGGACGCACACAGGGGAGAAACCAUAUGACUGCAAGGAGUGCGGGAAAGCCUUCAGGUCUCUCUCUGGCCUCCGAGGCCACAUGAUAAAGCACACUGGAGGUGGGCCUUAUAAAUGCAAGGAGUGCGGCAAAGUCUUCAACUCGCCCAGUGCCCUUAUGAAACACGAAAGGACGCACACUGGAGAGAAGCCUUUUUCCUGUACCUAUUGUGGUAAAGCCUUCAUCUGUUCAACUUCCGUGCGGAAGCACGAGAGGACUCACACGGGAGAGAAACCCUAUGAAUGUAAGGAAUGUGGGAAAGCCUUCAUUUCUCACUCAGGCCUUCAAGGACACAUGAUAAGGCACACGGGCGAGGGACCUUAUAAGUGUAAGUUUUGCGGGAAGGCCUUUGGCUCUCCCAGCGCCGUUCUAAGGCACGAAAGCGCUCAUGUUGUGUAGAGUGCCUGCCGUUCAAGAUUGGGAAAGCCUGCCUUUCUCUUUCAGGCAACAUGUUCAUGGCACACACACUGUAAGGCAUCUGAAAAUUAAAAAAAACCUUUCACUCUACUAGUUCGCUUCAAAAACAGAAUUGGUACUGGAAAAAAUUGUAUGAAUGUAGGAAAUCCUAAAUAAAAAGUUAAUUGAA